UCUUCCUGUUUCCCGUCAUGGCGCAGGACCAAGGUGAGAAGGAGAACCCCAUGCGGGAACUUCGCAUCCGCAAGCUCUGCCUCAACAUCUGCGUUGGGGAGAGCGGAGACAGGCUGACCCGGGCAGCCAAGGUGCUGGAGCAGCUCACGGGCCAGACCCCAGUGUUCUCCAAAGCUAGAUACACUGUCAGAUCCUUCGGCAUCAGGAGAAAUGAAAAGAUUGCCGUCCACUGCACCGUCCGUGGGGCCAAGGCAGAAGAAAUCCUGGAGAAAGGUCUAAAGGUGCGAGAGUAUGAGUUAAGAAAAAAUAACUUCUCAGAUACUGGAAACUUUGGCUUUGGGAUCCAAGAACACAUUGACCUGGGGAUCAAGUAUGACCCGAGCAUCGGUAUCUACGGCCUGGACUUCUACGUGGUGCUGGGUAGGCCAGGUUUCAGCAUCGCAGACAAGAAGUGCAGGACAGGCUGCAUUGGGGCCAAACACAGAAUCAGCAAAGAGGAGGCCAUGCGCUGGUUCCAGCAGAAGUAUGAUGGGAUCAUCCUUCCUGGCAAAUAAAUUCCCGUUUCUAUCCAAAAGGCCAAUAAAACAUUUU